AUGCUACUGACGCCACCGAAUGCUUGUGCCAGCGGAGGCUUGCGUUCUAGGCAGGUGAGGGUAGGAAUCCCAGAUGCUGGCGUAGACUUGCAGCUUUGUGGGCUCAUGACGGUUGUUAGCCUUCGCAAUCGUUGGUUGCUUGAGAAGGCUCAGGCAGCUUUGGGAUCAAGAAGGUCUCCAUUCUCAACACCAAAAUCUCUGAAACCACACUCCCUGAGCUUUGAGAGGAGGCGGAUGUGUCCACAAACACUGCGAGCAACCCACAGCAAAACCCCUGCCAGUGUGACGGAACAAGGACGGCUGUGA